UUUAUUGAAAUCGGGUAAUCGGGCCGGAAGAGGAAUUGGGCCGGAGUCCAACUGUCCAUGAUUUGGAGGGUACCUUUCCCGCCAUCGACCAUUUCUCUCAACGAGCAAAUCUAGGGCACAUCCUUUGCGCUCCUCAUCGCUUCCAUUGAAAAGUUUGUGGUUCAUUUAAUUUCAUAGAGGAGCUGAGAAAACGGUUGUCCGAUGUCUGGAAGAAAAGAAACUGUUCUGGAUUUGGCUAAGUUCGUGGACAAAGGCGUCCAAGUCAAGCUCACUGGCGGCAGACAAGUUACGGGAACGCUCAAAGGAUAUGAUCAACUGCUAAACCUUGUUCUGGAUGAAGCUGUAGAGUUUUUAAGAGAUUCCGAUGAUCCAUUGAAGACAACAGAUCAAACCAGGCGCCUUGGCCUAAUUGUUUGCAGGGGGACUGCUGUAAUGCUUGUGUCUCCAGUUGAUGGUACAGAUGAGAUUGCAAACCCCUUUAUCCAACCGGAUGGUGCAUAGAUGUAAUUUUUGUGAACUCUAAUUUCCCUGUUCUGUAUCUGAAUAUCUAGUUUCACUAUUACUUUGUGAUUCCACACCCCCCUCCUCCUCCUCCUCCUCCUCCUCCUCAAACAAUUGAGUUUCAACCCUUCUAUGUACGUGUUGAACUUAUCCAUGUGAAGUAAAAUGGUGAAAUUUUUUUGUUUUCAGUCUA